AUGGCGAAGCUCGGCAGGGUCCUCGGCCGAAGCCAUUAUAGUCUGUGCGACCUCUUCGCACCAGACUAUGGACAAACUAUUAUAGCAUCUCUAACCAGACCGCGCGUGGUCAGGUUGGAAAGUCUGGACCAAGUCAAGCCUCGUUUUGCAGCCCAGGUUGGCUGUGCACUGGCCACGCGGGAACCAGGGAGCUCCCUCGUCGGCAAGCCCUACUACACUGUGGUCGGCGGCCAUGGCUUGGAUCCAUUCCCCCAGGUCCGGUCAGGAACUGGUUUGAUUACGGAUUACGGUCUCGAUGAUGAGUUCGGGAGCAUCGGCCUCGCUUCUUGCCUUAGUGCGGGUGCGGAAGGGUUUGCAGCUGGGAACACGGCGGGCAUAUCUCAGGACGAUCUGGUGAACCUGCAGCAGCUGACUGCAUCGGCGACCUCUGGAACUGGAUUCGUCCACAGUUGCGAGCCUGUAAUUCCCAAAGGAGAUGACGAGGCACACGGCGAGAAAGACUUUUCGUCGCUUGUUGAUCCCUGGGCGUCCGUCAGAACCAUCGCAACGGGAAAAGAUUCUCAGCUGCGCUUACAGAGCUGGCAAACGGGGUUUCAUCCCGGGCUGACCGAUGGACAACACCCUCAAACAACAGAUUAUUGA